AUGUUUGUUCCUCAUAAAAACCAGGAAAUAAAUCACAUUUAUGAAAGAAAUAAUGAAGCUACACUUUAUAUAGCAAAUCUAGAUUCUCAAGUUGACGAAGAAAUUUUAUGUGAACUUUUUAUGCAAUGUGGUAAUGUAAAAAAUGUUCAUAUUCCUAGAGAUAAAAUAAAUGGAUAUCAUUCUGGUUAUGGUUUUGUAGAAUAUGAAUAUGAAUAUGAAUGUGAGUAUGCAGCAAAAAUAUUAAAUAUGACUAAAUUAUUUGGAAAGCCAUUAAGAUGUAAUAAAGCAUCUCAAGAUAAAAGAUCAUUUGAUGUGGGAGCAAAUUUAUUUAUUGGAAAUUUAGAUAAAGAGGUAGAUGAAAAAAUGCUAUUUGAUAUAUUUUCUUCUUUUGGACAAGUAAUAACAGUAAAAAUAAUGAGAAAUGAAGAUGAUACAUCUAAAGGACAUGGGUUUAUAUCAUAUGACAAUUUUGAAUCAAGUGAUUUAGCAAUAGAAAAUAUGAAUAAUCAAUUUAUAUGUAAUAAAAAAGUACAUAUUUCAUAUGCUUUUAAAAAGGAUACAAAAGGAGAAAGACAUGGAACAGCUGCUGAAAGAUUUAUAGCAGCAAAUAAAGCUUUAAAUAUGUAUCCAGUAAAUGAAAAUGCAAAUAAUAUUUUUCCAUACAAUUCUACAUCGGUUGUAAAUCCUACAAAUAAUAAUGCAUCAUUAAAUAAUUUAAAUAAUGAAAAUAAUAUAUUUUUAAAUAAUUCAAUGAUUCAAGCAAAUAAUAUAAAUAAAUUACCGAAUGAUCAAAUUCCACAAGUUAUUAAUUCUUAUUAUCAAACAAAUGCACCCCAUCCUGUUUCAUCCAAUUAUAUUCAACCACCUAUAAAUUUACCAAUAAAUACAAGGUCAAAUAAUACAUACAAAUUACCACAAAAAAUUAAUAAUAGAAUAUUAAAUAAUUUACCACCUCCAUGUGUGCCACCAAAUUUACCUUCUGAUAUGUCUUCUAAUGUAUCUUAUAAUUUACCUCAUAAAUUUCCACCAAAUUUUCCAUCAAAUUUUCCUCCAAAUAUUCCAUCGAAUUUUCCCCCAAAUAUACCCCCAGGUUUUCCACCAAAUUUUCUAUCAAAUUUUCCUCCAAAUAUACCUUCUGAAAUUCCUUCUAGUUCAUCUUAUAGUUUACCUCAUAAGUUUCCACCAAAUUUUCCUCCUAAUCUUCCACCAAAUUUUCCUCCCAAUCUUCCUCCAAAUUUCUCAUCUAAUUUUCCACCUAAUAUUCUUCCCAAUUUCCCACCCAAUUUACCUUCAAGUAUGCCACCUAAUUUACCUCCAAGUAUGCCACCUAAUUUACCUCCAAAUUUACCACCGAAUUUGCCACCGAAUUUACCUCCAAAUUUGCCACCGAAUUUACCUCCAAAUUCAUCAUCCAAUUCCCUCCCCAAUCAAUCACCUAAUUUGCAACAUAAUGGAACUUCUAAUGUAUCAGAAAAAGUUGAAAAUAGUCAAAGUAAAGAUAGUGAUGUAAAUACAAAUGAUACAGUAAAAGAAUAA